AUGGUAGAGGCUGAUUUAAGAAGUAUGGGUGUUACUAAUAACACCGUUUUGACGAAAAAUCGAAAAGAAUUGAAGAGAAUCGUAUGGGAUUGGUUUAAAAAACGUCCACUUGGUAUUGAAUUAGGUGUAUCAAAUGGAAUUUCAGAAGAUGCUAAUUUAGAUACUCCAGAAUUAAUUCAUAAAUAUAAUUAUCCGAUUGAAACCCAUAUUGUAACUACUCAAGAUGAUUAUAUUUUAACAAUUCAUAGAAUUCCAAAUCCUGGCAAACAAACAAUUUUAUUAUUACAUGGAUUACUUGAUUCGUCGGCAGCAUUUGUUUUAAUGGGACCAAAUAUUAGUUUAGCAUAUUUAUUAUAUGAUAAAAAUUUUGAUGUUUGGUUGGGUAAUUCCCGUGGUAAUAAAUAUUCAAGAAAACAUAAGAAAUUGAAAUCAAAUGAUUCAAAAUUUUGGAAUUUUAGUUGGCAUGAAAUUGGUAUUUAUGAUUUACCAGCAAUUAUUGAAUAUAUUGAAAAUAUAACACAAAUUCAAAAAUUAUAUAUUGUUGGACAUUCUCAGGGUGCUACAGCAUUUUUUGUUAUGUGUGCAAUGCGACCAGAAAUGAAUGAAAAAAUUCUACUUAUGAAUGCUUUUGCUCCAAUUACUUUUAUACAUCAUAUCAGAACUCCAUUUAUACAAAAUAUUAAAAACUAUUUAAAGUCCAGUAAAUCAAAUUCAGUAAAUGAAAUUAUGCCUCGAGGAUGGUUAAUGGAAAAAUCAAAAUGUUUUCAGCGUUUUAUUUAUAAAAAGAUUUGUAUGGAAUUUAUAUUUACAUUAAUAGGCAAAGAUGUAGAGCAAUUUAAUGAGACAAUGUUACCAGUAAUUUUCAAUCAUAUACCAGCUGGUGGCUCAAUUAAACAAUUACAACAUUAUUUUCAAAAUUAUGAACAAAAAAAAUUUCAAUGUUAUGAUUAUGGUACGAAAUUAAAUCAAAUAUAUUAUGGGCAAUCGCAACCAUUAAUAUACAAUUUAAGUAAUAUUAAAGCACCAGUAAUAUUAUAUUAUGGUAUUAAUGAUUAUAUUGCAGCCGAAGAAGAUGUUCGUUUAUUAUAUAAGAAUUUAGGUGAAAAUUUACUUGGUUUAUAUUUAGCUAAUUCAAAUACAAAUAAUUUUAAUCAUAUGGAUUUUAUAUGGGCUAUUGAUGUUCUAUUAACAUUUCCACCACCAUUAACAUGGAAUUUAAAUUCUGUUAAUAAAAUUCCAGAUUUUUGGAGAAGUUCAGUACCAGAUUUUUGGAAAAGUUUUGAAUUAGAUAAAUUAAUAAAUGAUAAUAAUUCAGAUUCAGAUGAAGAUGAAGAUGAUAUUGAAUCAAUGUCUAAUGAUAAAGAUAUAUUAGAAGAUGCAAAACUUGUUACAAAUGAACUUUUAACAAAAUAUAAUUAUACAAAUGAAAUUCAUAAAAUUAUAACUGAAGAUGGUUAUAUAUUAGAAAUGCAUCGUAUUCCAUCUAAAAAUAAAAUACCUGGUAAAACAAUUUUAUUAAUGCAUGGGAUAUUAGAUACAUCAGCAACAUGGAUUAUAAUGGGACCAAAAUAUGGUUUUGCGUAUAUGCUAUCAGAUCUUGGUUAUGAUGUUUGGAUGGGUAAUGUACGUGGUAAUCGUUACUCUAAAAAUCAUACAACAAAAAAUGUCAAUGAUAAAGAAUAUUGGGAUUUUUCAUUUCAUGAAAUUGCAAUUUAUGAUUUACCAGCUAUGAUUGAUUAUAUUUUAAAAAAUACCGGAGAAAAAAAAAUUCAUUAUGUGGGGCAUUCACAGGGCACCACAAUUUUUUGGGUUUUAUGUUCAGAAAAACCAGAAUAUUCAAAAAAAAUUAAAUCAAUGCAUGCUUUAGCACCAGUAGCAUUUAUAUCAGAAAUUCGAAGUCCAUUUAUAAGGACAUUAGUGAUGUUCUUUGAUUUCUUUAAGAGUGCAACACAAUUCCUUAGUAUUGAUGAAUUUUUACCAAAUACAAAAUUUUUAGUUAAAAGUAGUCAAACAAUUUGUCAUGAAAAAGCUAUAACAAAUUCAGUUUGUUCAAAUAUUUUAUUCUUAAUAGCUGGAUUUAAUUCAGAACAAUUAAACAAGACAAUGCUUCCCGUCAUGUUAAGUCAUACACCAUCUGGUGCAUCAACAAAACAACUAAUGCAUUUUGGUCAAUUAAUACGUACAGGAAGUUUUCGUAAAUAUGAUUUUGAUUUUAUGGCAAAUUCACAACGUUAUGGACAAUUUAUGCCACCAGAUUAUAAUUUAGAUAUGGUUCAAGUACCUGUUGCACUUUAUUAUUCAUCAAAUGAUUGGUUAGUUUCCUUAUGUGGUGUAGAAAAAUUGGCAAAUAGUUUACCAAAAGUUAUUGAUAAAUAUCUUGUACCGAUGCCAGAAUUUAAUCAUUUAGAUUUUGUAUGGGCUGUUGAUGGUAAAAAACUAUUAUAUAAUCGAAUUAUUUUAAAUUUAAAUAAAUUUCAAUAAAAUAAAUUGGUUAUUUAUUCUAUAUUUUAUUGAAUUUAUAAAAAAUAAAAAAAAGUAGUAAGAAGAAAACCAAAUUUUUGGCAGC